GAGAGAGAGAGAGAAUAUCAAGGGGAGGUGGGACAUGGAGAGCAAACGCUGCUUCGCUAACCGAUUCGAUGACUACCAGGGCAGCCUGCUAGCUGGCCAGUGCAAGGAGGCGGUAGCGCCCUUGGUCACAGCCACCAUCGACCGCAUUUUGAAGGAGCUGCCUCAGCUUGGGGGCAGUGGGGAGUCUAAGGGGGCGGCGGCCCGGGAGAGCUGCUGCCAAGGGGGUCUGUAUAGCGGCGUGGCCGGGGUGGCCUACAUGCUGUACCACGUCUCCCAGUGUCCUCUCUUCGCCCCGUCCCGAGAGAGGUAUCUCCGUUUGGCCAAGAGGCUGAUCGACGCCUGCACCCGCGCCGAGGAGUGGGGGGAACCCGACGCGGAUACUCGCGCUGCCUUCUUGCUGGGGGGUGCCGGUGUCUACGCGGUGGCAGCUUUAGUUUACCACGCCCUGGGCCGGCCUGACUAUGUGCAGCCCCUUGGCAAGUUCCGGGAACUGUGCACCAUCUGCGCCCCGGUCUCCUUCCUGGAGUGCGGCUCGGACGAACUGUUCGUGGGUCGCGCGGGCUACCUGUGCGCCGCCCUGGUGCUCAAGCAGAAACUCUCCCUGGAGGUAUUGACCCCAGCACAGAUCAAAUCAAUCUGCCAGGCUAUCCUAGAAUCCGGGAAGCAGUAUGCAACAAAAAAGAGAAAACCAUUUCCUUUAAUGUAUUCUUAUUAUGGAACUGAAUAUUUAGGUGCGGCUCAUGGUCUGUCUUCCAUUCUUCAGAUGCUGCUCUCUUACCAUGAGCACCUCCAACCUGCUGAUCGGGAGUUGGUUUGGCAGAGUGUUGACUUCCUCAUGGAACAGGAACAAAAUUGCAACUGGCCUCCCGAGCUAGGAGAAAUGAUUGAGAGGGAAAACGAGCUGGUCCACUGGUGUCAUGGAGCUCCAGGAAUUGCCUAUCUCUUUGCUAAGGCAUACCUGGUUUCCAAGAAACCUCAGUAUCUGGACACAUGUAUCCGGUGUGGGGAGCUCACGUGGAGAAAGGGUCUGUUGAAGAAAGGACCUGGAAUCUGCCAUGGUGUCGCUGGCAGUGCCUAUGUAUUCCUCCUGUUAUACAGACUAACUGGAAACUCCAAAUAUAUCUACAGAGCACAAAGGUUUGCAGAGUUCUUGUUUACGGAAGAGUUCAAAGCUGGUUCCCGAGUCCUGGAGAGUAUCUAUAGUCUGUAUGAAGGCUUCUCCGGAACUGUGUGCUUCCUGAUUGAUCUGCUCCAGCCUGGUGAGGCUGAAUUCCCUCUCUUCAGCGUCUUUGUUUAGAAGAUGACAAUCACCAGUGAGAUCGUGCAAAAGCAUCUGGGAUUUUCCUUUAGCAUACAAGGAAGGCAAUUUAUAUAUAAGCCAGACUUAGCGGUAUCACUACCACUAGCCUUAAUAUUGCUGGGGUAUGGGAUGGGGGCAGCGGUGGGAGAGAGACAGACAUGUUGGGGGUUUUAAUGAUGGCAAAUGAUGCUAGACUUGAGAGGGAAACCUGCAUCUUUUUUUUAAAAAAAAUUACAUUUCUUAUAAGCUUAGAAGUUUAUCUGUUUUAAGGAACAAACACAAGAUCAGAAAUAAAGAAAAAGGGGAGAAACGUGAAUUACCUUUCAAUUGGUAGCAUGGAAAAACAAGUGAAUAUGAAAUAUAAAAAUAUAAAAAUAUAUGGAGGUCCUAGAGAACUAAACAGUUGUGGGAGCUCCCCACCCUUAAAUCUAAGAACAAAGACAAUCAAAGACUUCUAAAGAUGAAACUUUGAAAAAAGGGUAAAGCUUUCUGAUGGAUGAAAAAACAAUAUCUUGUUGUUUUAAGUCUUGUGUUCUAUACUUAUGGAAAUAUUAUUUUUACAGAAUAGUUAUGUCUGCCCAAAGCCUGUAUUUGUACUAUUGCCUUGGGCACUUUGAAGAAAUGAUUUCACAAUUAAUUCUAAACCUAGAGAUGUUAAGUUCCCUUCAACCUCAUAGUGUAUGAUCCCUUUCCCUUUCACUAAAACAAAUAGAAAUGCACAUAAACUGUUUUAGCUUAGCAAAUGUAGCAAGUGUCUUUGUCAAGUACUUUUCUCUGUUUUGAUGUGUUAAGGGUAUUUGUCUAGUAAUUGAAUUUUAAUUCAACAAACAUUUGUGAAGCUACUCUGUGCAAGGCACCAUAGAAGGUGUUAGUAUGCAAAUAAAAAAGAAAAACCUCAGUCCCUAUUCUCAGGAGUUUACAGUCUGGUCAAGGGGAUGGAAACUGUAUACAGCAAUUAUAAUACAAAUUAAACUAUCAGAAACUGUAUGGAAGAGGUCCAGCAAGAUGAAGUGAGAGAUUAAAAGAGACAGGGGUUAUUUCUUGCUCAGAAAAGCAGGAACAAGAUGAACCUUGAAAGAGAAGGAUUUUGAGAGCAAUGAUAUAGAUCAAUUUCAGUCAUGAGGCAUAAGAAUAUUUUUAAUAAUAUUUUGAAGUGUGUAAUAUCUUUUAGCAUAUUAGUUGAAUUUUAAACUAUUGGUCAAUUCCCCAUUUCAAUACUGGAGUAAUCAAUUACAGAAUCAUGUUUUUAUUAGCUUCUGGUAGGAUAUAACUGACUCAGUAUCUUGGUCAGAGAUCAAAAGAGACUUCACAUGGUGAACCUGGGUAAAACACUGCUCUCAGUAAAAUUAAUAGUUUAGACUGUUUCACUUGUCUCCCUAGGCAUCUAUUCAAUAAACGAAUUGCUCCAGAACUUUAAAGACAAGCUUUCAGGGAAGUGUAAAUCCUGCUGUGAAUACAUAGAAAUCUUAAAAUAAUUCUAGUAUGGACUUAGUUGCAAAACAUUAUAGGCCACAAUAGGAUUUUUAAUGCACCCAUGUACUUUGUUAUUUAAUCUUUUUAAUCAAUAAAAAUCUCCUUUCUUUCCCAUCUUCCUCUGCCAUUAGUGAGGAAAAUAGAUAAAAACUAGUAUCAAAUAUUCAGUCAAGCAAAAAAAAAUCCUAUAUUGGCUAUGUGCAAUAAAUGUCUCAUUUUUA